AGACGACAAGGUUCGCGAUCGCUUCGAGACAGUUUGUUGUCUGCUCUUGCUUUUGUUCGCUUCGUCAUCCAUUGUAGAUGCCGCAGCGCUUCGCCGGGGGGCUGUGCCAGUUCAUAUUCCACCACCUCGAGCGGGCCACGUUCGGCAGGCGCCUGCGAUGGGUGGACCGAGCGUCGGGCGUGUUCAAGCUGUACUGGAGACACGGCAACGGGUGGUCUGAAUCUCCGGAGGACGACUUUGCCGUGUUCAUGGCCUGGCACCAGCACAAAGUUCGGGCGAGAACGUGCAACAUUAUUCAGGCGAAGCAGCGUUUCCGGGCUGCCAUGAACAAGAUGAGUCUGACCAUUCUGCAGCGUUGGGGAAGGUGGUCGCCCAAGAAAAACUUCCAGUUCAGAAAAUUUCCUAAGGAAGACCUUGAUUACCUCCUCAAGCAGAGUCACCUGGGCCAAAAUGUCCCGGGCUCGCGGGCUUCAGUCGCGCCCUUGGACAAGGACAACGACGCGGAUCGCGAUGCCGAAUGGUCGCCGUCCGAGCUGCCGAAAUCGCAGCUGCCACGCAAGCUGCUCGCAGCGUCAUCAUACAUGCCUCCUGUUUAUUCGGACUCCUUGUCGAUCGAUCACAGCACAAGGCCAGUGCCGUCGGAAGAGCGAGAAAUAUCUCCUUCAGACGCGGUACUCAUGGACGAGUUUUCCGUUAUGCUCGAGGACGAGCCUGCACUUGCGGACGACCGUGCCACCUCUGUUCAGGUGAAAGAAAGCCAGAUGAUCUUCGAUUAUCUUUCCUCUGCCUCUGAGGCGAACUUUGUAGAUUCGGAGAGCUCAACGCUGGACUCAGCGUCUGGACGGGAAGGGAGCGUUGCAUUCGGGAAUGCUGAAAAAGCAUCCGAUUCUAAGGCAGAGUCCGUGUUGUCGCCCCAUGAUCCCCCUGUCUGCGACAUCCUGCUGCGCGGCGACGUCAGCUGGUAUGUGCCGCCUGGCGUGGACGUUGGCUUCUUGGAGUACGAAAUUCCGCUGUGCGAUUGGCGCCUGGAGAACGGUUUUUCGCUGUGCCCGCAAAUAAUUUUUAAUGAAAGUCACACCGCUGGCAGUGAUCAUGCGUCUCAAGGUUGGCAAGCCUUCGAUGUUCAUACGAAUCGGGCCCUUUCGGGAACGAAUGCAGACGGGGGCAUCCAGAAGGCCCAGUCGUUUCGCCUUGAGAGCGCCGAACCUGUUGAAAUGAAGCCCUCUUGGAUUCCGGAUUUGGAGUUUCUCGACGCUGACAAUUAGAAUUUUUUUUUUACGUAAAGCGAGUGUUCGGUUAAUUUCCGAUGGCUAAAAGCUCAAACAACUGCAAUACUUAGUUGUGAUAUUUUAUUCGCUUCCACAGUAAAAAGAAGUCGUGGAAACAGCUCGCAUGAAGGUAGAUGCAAUGAUUUGCACAGUGGGUUACCUGUUCACUUUGUUUUUUCGCAAUUUAUGGUUACGACGCAGAGCAAUGCACAUUUUUAUAUGUUGUCGCUUAUAAAACUGUCGUUGUAUAGAAGGGUGGAGGAGGGGGGGAGGGGGCGAGAAACAUAAAACCAAAGCGCGGAAUCCAUAAAACAUGGUUGCCUCUGGGACAGAGGUUAAAUUAGGCAAGUGACCUUCUUGUUAAGUAAACGAUGUGUUAUAUCGUCACGUGCCUUUGCAGAAGUUGCGACGGCAUAUGUUGUUCCUUUGUUUUCACUCUAUAGUGAGCAGUGUAGUGACGUAUGCUAUAGAGGAAGUUUAGGUUAUCAAUUGAACUAUUAAUUUCUUUUUGCUUUUUCGGCUGCAAAAAUUAUGCACCACAUGUAAUGUCGUUAAUACACCGAAAUUUGCGGUGUGGAAUUUUAUUGAAAUAAAGCGAAAGUUCUGCUUUA